AUUCACAAUGAGUGACAAUGCAUAGGCCUACUUGAAUUUCUUUUUGCAUCAUUCUACUCUUAAUCGGAGAGAAACAGAAGUGCAAUUUCGUGUAAAAGCCCCCCCCCCCCCCUUUCCACAACUAUAAACUUAGUUAACUUACUAACAAAUUAUGAUAAACUUUCCUCUGCCAGAAUGCAAUCGCAUUCGAAAGUUCCUGAAAAACUUAAGCAUCCAGAAUUAAAAAUAAUUAAUUUUUAAAAUCUUAAAGAUACAAUUUUCUCGGAUCUAUUUUAGAUCUCGGUAAAAAGUGGAAUCUCAUAAGGUUAAAAUAUAUAUAUAUACCGGUAAUAUAUAUCAUAAUUUCACCAAAACUGUAAACAAAAGAAGUAUGAACAAGUAAUCAAUCAGUGAAAUGCUAUCUAUUACAAGAGUUCAAGCCUAACUUAUUCAAAAUUUAAAAAAAAAAAAUUAAAAAGAGAUUUGUUUUAUUAUAUUAGACAUUAGACUUAGACCUGACGGGUCAGAUGUUAUUGGCAAUUAAAAUUAUAUAUAAUAUUGGGGAUAGACUAAUAAUAAUAAUACAACAAUUACUAAUAGUAGUGUUAUAUAUAAUAUAGACUAUAAUUAUAAUAGGACUAUAACUUAUAUUACAAGUCUAUAACUAUUAGUAAUAGUAACUAUAGAGUAGACUAUAUAGUGAAUAGUGUCUAUAGUAUAGUCUAUAGACUUAUUAUUAUAGAUUAUCCCGCCUUUGCCUAUGUCAUAACUAUGGUAAGGCUUUGGCCAAGGCUAAGGCUAUAUAUAAAUAAUAAAUAAUAUAAUGCAUAGCUAUGAUGAGACUAUUAUGGGUCAUAGGCAGGCUGGGUCAUGUCAUAAGCAGGCUGUAGUCUCGUCUUGUUGUAGUAAUAGUUAGUUUAGGCGUAUGAUCAUAAUGCUGCAUGCUCAAUUAUAUUGGCCCCAAGAAUCAUUCAAUCAUCAAUCAUUCAAAUCAAUGCCAGUAAACUGCUACAUUUCAUAAAACUAAAAUAAUGCACAAUUUUUAAUACCGGUACUACUAACUACUAAUAUUAGUACUAUAGUAUAGACUUAUUAAGUCACUUAGGCUUAUAGCUUAUGAGUAUGAGGUUGACAGAGUAUUCUUUCCUAUAUUUCCAUUAUUUAAUUUUAAACUCUCAGACAAGCACAUUUUAAUUCAGCCCUGACAUUCACAUGAGGGGAGAAUUACUGAAGACUGAAGAAAAAGUUGUUUCACAUAAUAAAUACUCAUACUCAUACAUCAAUAAAAAUCUCCAGAUUUCAGGCUUGGAAGAUAACAACCACAAAAUGCUGAUUUUUGAAGUGCAUAAUGUAGGCUAUGGUGACCAAAUCAUGAACUGGAAAAAUGGGACACACCCAAAGAGGGUUUGGGGGGAUACCCUCCAGCUAAAGAGGGGUCCGGGGCCUCCGCCGGAAACUGUUUAUUUAAAUAUGUUCAUUUUAACAAUUUUAAGACCUAGAAAUUUUUUUAAAUUUACCUUCACUUUUGUAAUUUAAUUUAAAUUCUGAGACAUAUCAUAAAAGAAAAAAAUUUUGCAGUGAAUACUUAUUUAUUUAUUUAUACAUAUAAUAUCUAUGGCAGGGACACUGUCGUUUACGCAGCAUCGGCAGAGUGGUGGAGGGGGAACAGUGCAGCCAUCCCGCGAGCCCACAUUACUACUGGCUCUGGCUACACAGCUAGCCAAAAUAUUACUUGAAGUUAUAUUAUAAAUUAGGAUGUUUUAGUGAUUUUAAAAUGUGUUUGGUUUUCGAAACGGGACAUUUUAGCAUCCCGAGAGACUUUUUCGGGACACCGGGUAUGAUGAUGAAAAAACGGGACAAUGCCGUUUUUACGAGACGUUUGGUCACCCUAAUGUAGGCCCUAUAAUGUUUUUGUAGGAGUAGGGUAACAGUGCUUCUGGGUUUCCCCGGACAUGUCUUCUUGUUAGGCUCCUGUCCAGGAGGCUUACCAAAAAUAAGGUUUUUGGCCAGGUAUUUACUUUGUCCAUCCACGAGCCAUACGUUUUUACUUAAUUUUCUGUGUUAUAUGCUAUUUUGUUCUGUCAGUAUUUAGUCCAAUGGUAAGUGUUACUUAGGUAACCACUGAAGCUUUGGUUUCUGGAAGCCAUUUUUAUAUACAUAUAACGGUACUGUACACGAGUUUGUGUCAAUUGAUAAAAAAUAAAUGUUCAAGCUGAAUAAAAAAUAUUUGAUUUAAAAAAUACAGAAACGUUAGUAUUAAUAUACACGCACUGAAAACCCAAUACCCAGGUUUUCUUGCGGGUCGAUAUAACUGGGAAGCUGAAUGUUUGACAUGCGGCAGUGGAAUUUAUAUCGCCGUUAUAUACGUUAUAUAUAAGGAUGCACUGGAUUUAAAGGCGCAAGUCGAACGCAGAAGUAUGUAAGGAGUGUUCUUGGAAAAAACUUCAUCUACCAAAAUUAUCAAUUUAUUCAUAACACCAAGUUUGAAAAGUGAUGAAUCUGUUUCAACAGCUGAAGGCAUAUCGAAGUUUCCCACUGUCAAGCACCAUCACAGCUGUAAAUCAAGGACUGUAUUGGUCACUUAUUGAAAAAAAUGUUACUUGAAACUUGAUUCUGAUAUUGCAAGCAAAAAUCAGUCAGUGUAAUGAUGUGCACUGAACAUUCAAUUAAUACAAUUGUAUAAUUUUAACUACUUACAAUAAGAAAUUAUAAGAGUGUUAGACUGUGAUAAAGCUUUAAAGAAGAUUACAAAUGUAAACGUUUCAGCAAAUGCUCCUUAAAAUAUAAAUUAGUCCUCUCCAUUUUCCUGUACGCCUGCGAAUCCUGGACAUUAGCAGCAGAUCUUGAAAGGAAAGUAAAGGCGAUGAAGAUGAGAUGCUUCAGAAGCAUUUUUGGCAUCUGCUAUAGGGACCAUAACUUCAAUGAUACAGUGAAAGAAAGGGUUCGCCAGGCAAUUGGGGAGUACGCUGACCUACUGGUGACUGAAAAAACGCAAACUUCAAUGGUACGGCCACGUAACAAGGAAACAAGGGCUUGCCAAAGAAAUAUUGCAGGGCAUCUCAAGAGGAGGGAGAAGAAGAGGAAGACAAAGAAAAUGAUGGGAGGAUAACAUCAAAGAGUGGACAGGACUAACACUGGGCGAUGCUGUGCGUAGUGCAAAAGACAGAGAGGCAUGGGGGAGGAUAGUUCACAUGUCAUCUGUGGCGCCCCAAGGGUCCAAGGACUAAGGGACGAUGAUGAAUAUAUUUUUACCUGUACAUGUACUCCACCUAACAAAUAGAAAAGAAUAAGAGUGGGUGCAAAACCAAGACAAAAACAAAGUUAACAAUAACGGAAGUAAGUAAAUGGAAGUAAAAUUAAAAACCAAACAGGAAAAAGACAUGGCAGGUAUGUAAAAUUAUUAGCUAAAUUUAAUAUUUACUUAUUUAAAUGUUUUGUUUUUUGAACUGAUGAAGGCAUUUGACAAAACAUUUACAUUUGUAUUUUGUAAAAUCAUCAAAUGCUGAACAUAAAGCUGAACAUGUAUUCUCUUAUUAACACAAAUUGUUUGUGUCUAAUUAAUUUACAAUAAGAAAAAUAUUUUAUUUAGUUUAACUUUACUUUUAUUUGUCCAGCAUUUAACACUAGGAUAAAUCUCAAUCUGUUAGCUGAGUGGGAGAUGAGCUGGGACAUGGAAUUUCAUCCUGCCAAGUGCCAGACACUAUCAAUCUCUAGAAGUUGUACUCCUCUACACUACCAAUACAAACUGCACGGCCAUAUUCUUGAGCAAGUUUCCUCCGUAAAGUACCUGGGUGUUACCAUUCAAAGAGAGGUCCGCUGGGACGAGCAUAUUAACAAUGUAUGUAACCAAGCAAACAAGACCCUAGGGUUCUUAAGGCGAAAUCUAAAGAUUGGCAACUCCUGUGUGAAAGAAAGAGCAUAUAAAGCCUUUAUCCGUCCGAUUUUAGAUUAUGCAUCUUCAGUCUGGGACCCAUUUACCCAGAAGAGCAUUGACAGGUUGGAGGCGGUCCAGCGACGAGCAGCACGCUUUGUCCUAAACCGCUACAGGAAUACCUCUAGUGUUGGCAGCAUGCUAGAAACACUAGGCUGGUCACCAUUGGAGAAACGACGACGACAAUCCAGGCUCUCCAUGAUGUACAAGAUAAAUAAUGGGCUGGUCCACUGUUCCAGUAUUAAACAGAAACUCGUCCCUCUCCCCCAUAGACAGCGACGAGGCCAUGACAGGCAAUUCAGGCUCAUACCAGCAAGAAGCCAGUAUAGGAGCUGCUCAUUCCUGCCCAAGACAAUCAGGGACUGGAACCAUCUUUCAAAAGGAACAGUUGAGGCGACAACACUAGACACAUUUGUGUCUAUUGCCUCAAGCCUUCAAACCCCUAGUGCAUAAUUUCCUCAUCACCACCAGUAACAGAAACAUUGCAAAUCCCAUCUACAUGCAUAGGAGCCAAAAUGAUCAAUAAAUUGAUCGUGGGCCCUUAAGAUAUAGAAGAAGAAGAAGAAGAAGGAUAGCUCUAGGAGCCGGCUAUGGGCUGGUAACAGGAUUUGAUGAAAAUUUUGAUAUUCCUCCUUUUCAUCUGAGGACUUAUGGUAACCCUAUGUAGCAAUCAUCUAUUUGGCAUAUCCACGCCAGCAUAUCAUGUUUAAAUCAGGCUUAUUGAAACCAAACCAAUUGGUUUACUCAGAGGAUUCUAGAAUACCAUAUAGAAGAGGAAAGGAUCCUUUAGCUGAAAUUCUUUUUGUUAAGAUUUGUAUUGAAAGAAAUCAAGAGGUUACACUGCAAGUUUUUAAAGACUAUUGCUGAAUACAUCUCCAUUAGAUUUUUGUCAAAUAGAAAUUUAUAAAUUAAAAAACUUGAUGAAAUUAAGCUGUAAAACAAUCCACAACUUUUUCCCAACUGAACCAUCAUGAUUUAAAGAAGGAAAUGACAUAAAAAUAACAAUCCACAACUUUCUUCAAUCAAUACAAAAUCUACAAAAUAAUCACUGGUAGUGAAAAAAGUUUCAGGUGGCAACACUUUUUCAUCUGAUUGCUAUCUUUGGCAUUUACUAACAUAUUACUAUUACCUUAAAUGGCUUUACAUCAUUAUCUAUUUACAUUCUAAAUGAUUAACAGCAGUAUAUAAUAUCUUGUCAUGCUCAUUUUAUUUCAGAUAGCUAAUGCUUAAACAAAGUUUUAAGAAGCGUGAUGGGGCUGUUUUUCAAUCUACUUGUCGUCAAUAUUAGCAUUAGCAUUGGAAUCAUUAAAUUUGUUAAUGCAUCAAAUGGGGAUAGAUCAUACAUAUUUGGAAAAUGCAUCCAAAGCUGUGUUGCUCAAAAUUGUUCAAAUGUAACAGAGUUCACAUUAGCCCAACCUUUGCACAUGCAGUUUCUAAGGUGGACAUGUUUGGAUGAAUGCAAAUAUGAGUGUAUGUGGACAACAGUUGAGGCAUAUCAUCGUGAUAGUAGUCAAGUACCCCAAUUUUUUGGCAAGGUGCGUACAAAAACUGAAAUAUAUGGGGCCAUCCAUAUAUGGCAUCAUUCAUUCAAGGGGAGGGAGGUUUCUAAGUUUGUGUGACAAUAUGUGACAAUGGAGGAAAGGAAGGGUUGGGUAAAGAAUCACCUAUAUAGUGGGAUGUCAUAUUUGGAUAUUUAAAACAAACUCAGGAUUGUCUGUUAAAAAAAACUUUUUAUGCAAGAUAUAAAUUUAAAAAAAUAAGUAUUUAAACUUCAAAUCCAAGCAAAGAUAGAAUUUUAUUACCACCAGAUUGUACACUUUUGCUUUAUUAUAAAUGUUAUGCAAAUCCAGAUUGCUUCUUUACUUAAUAAACUAUAUAGAUGAUUUUUAACUUGUCAAAAGUAUUAUAUUACUGUAGCUUGAACAAAUUUGCAAAUUUCUAAUAGAAUUAAAAAUAAAUAUUUUCAGUGGCCAUUCGUCAGAUUGGCAGGAAUUCAAGAGCCAGCUUCAAUGAUAUUUUCUCUACUCAAUGGCCUCUCUCAUCUGGCUCUUUUUCACUAUCGGGCCAAAGUACCGUCUUCUACACCUAUGUUUAUUGUUUGGCAUGGCAUGGCUUUGGUAAUUAUUUUUUGAAAGACAUUUAAGAAAAAAAAUUGUUUGAAGCAACAUUAAAAAUUUAAUGUUCAAUUAUUUUUUAGUGACAUCCAAGUAAUUGUGAGCUUAUUUCUGUUAAAUUUUGCCAGUGUGAGAUUUUCACUUGUUUCAGAACUGGUUAUUCCUUGAUCAGCCAAAAUAUGAUAGCCAAAAAGUAAAAGUAAAGCAGAUUACCUAAUUUCACAUCUCUAGGAAAUUGGGGAGUUGCUUAAAAAUUGACCUAAAACUACUAAAAGUGAUUUUUCCAGACAUUGCCAGUACAAAAUUAAAUAGAAUCUUGUUAUAUAGACUUAGAAUAGCCACACAAUUUUAAUUUUUCCCAAUGUGCAUUUUGUGUAAUAAAAUACGGAGGCAAAACUUUUCAAGUAUAUUCUACCUCGAAACUGGAUUACAUAUCCAAAAAAAAUAAUUUCUGUAACCUUAAAUACAUCUGUUAUUUAAUUUAAAAAUCCACUCCCUAUACCUUUUAAUAAUGUUUUAAAAAAAACAAUCCUUUUAAUUCUUUUAUGAUGUAACACCAAUGUGGUUGUAAGAAUUAUUAAUUGUUUGCAAGCAAAGCUUACAAUGAAAAGUUUUUUAAACUCACUUAAACUUCAAACAGUUCUUCAAGUGAAGGAUGCUUAGUUUGUCUGAUAUUAUUAGAUUUAUUGUGUGAUAUUACUAUUAAAAAACUUUCUUGACUAUGUUAUAAGCGUUUGAUGUCAGAUGAUGAAUUCCCAAACCAGCAGGUACUACUGAAGUUUAGAAGGCUACCAAUUGUUGCACUGUAGAAUAAGUUAAUAACUUAUUUGUUUAGUAUAGAAAAGUCUUUGAUUUACUUUUUAUAUAGAAUUUGGCUGUGUAUAUUUGGCAGCCUAUUAUUAAUGGUAACACCUAGUCACCUAGGCACUUAUAAUAUAUCAUUAAUUGCUCAAUACUUUCUUGUUUUUGAAGUCAUUCAACUGAAGAACAUUUUCAAUUAAACAUUAAUUCAACAAGAGACAAAUAAAAAUGUUAAAUUCUUAAUUUUUUUUAUCCAGACUUUAUACUUCAGUUGAUCAUUAAAUUUAACAAAAUUUAUCUGCAGGUUGGAAUUACCACAUGGAUGUGUGCUACUUUAUUUCACACUAAGGAUACCCCAUUUACAGAGGUAAGUUAACUUUUUUCCCCUCUUAAAUAAUAUUUUUUCAAAACCCAUAAUGUUUUUUUUUCAAAGUUAUUUUUUUAAGCUCUAACAUUAGUUCCCUUUAAAUAACUGAGCAUAUUAUUAUUAUUUUACCUUAUUUAAAAAGGGUAGUUAAAAGUUAAUUUAUUUGAUAUUGAUUAUGAAACACUAAUAUAUAUUUUUUAAAUAACUUCAGAAACUGGACUAUUUUAGUGCAUUUGGUUUAGUGCUUUACAAUCUUUUCACACUCAUAUGUAGGUAAGUUAUAUAAAAUUGAAUAAUAAUAUCAAAAUGUGCAUACAAUAAGGUAUUAAAAUAAAUUUCAGUUGUGAAAAAACAGUUUAAAAAUCAUUUAGUUGAGCCUAUAUGUUUGUUGAAAAUUAUUCUAAAUUUUUAUUUGCAAGUUAACCUGAGAUUCGUUUCUUUCCAUUCAUUUUUAGAGCGACUGGAACAAAAAACAGAAUUAAACUUAUUCUUGUUGGUGUAUUGCUUACUGGCAUAUAUGUCUACCACAUCUACUAUUUAGCAUUUAUUAAAUUCGAUUAUGGUUAUAAUAUGGCAGUUAAUAUAGGAAUAGGUGAGUAUAACAUGUCUAUACUCUGAUGGUUGAAAUUUUAAACUUUUAAUAUGUUAUCAAAUCUUACUAAUUUUUUAUUUUACUUGUAUUGGUGUUAGGAAAACUAACAUUUUAAUUGUGAUUUUGUAAAGAAAGAAGAACCACCUAUCAGAAAUCCUUUCAUUCAUUAGAGAAAUAGGUUUGUAGUCUUUUGCUUAAAAGUGAAAUGGAAAUAAUAAAGUACUUAAUGUUCUCUUUUAAAAUUAAUCAUUAACAGACAAUAUUGGAACGCCUAGAAACUAAGGCAAGGAAAAAUUACAUGAUUAUCUUGUUUUAACUUGGCUGCCAUCUUCAAAAAGUAUUCAGUAAUUCCAGUUUCUCUUCUGUGCCUCAAAAAGCACCACACAUGUCCUUUUCAUGAAGCCUGUUUAAUUCCAUCUGAGAUGUAUAAGAGGCUGAAGUGGCAACUUCAAUUUCUGUUUUGGACUGCUGUUUUGUCUCUAUAUCAUACCAAACUUUCAUUAUCUGUGAUGAUCCUAAGGAUGAAUGUGGGAUGCUUAAAGUGCAGCAAUGCAAUGCAUCUUCAAGUUUCUUUUUGCAGACUCAACUAAGCCCAGCCAAAUGACAGAUCAAAUGAAAUUGUUUGACCCUGAUUUUCUUAUUUUCUUGGGUUCUACUGAUGAUUCCCCUGAACAUCAGUCGUCUUUAACUAAGCUUAAUUUAUGGGAGUUUGCCAAAAUAUUUGUCAAGCAUUUGGAGAUCACUGCAGCAGAUCCCCUGAGUUUUACAAAAAUUGGGUGCAUGUGAGGUGUACUGAUUUUGCAAGCUUUAUAGAUGUGCAGAUCAGUGAAUCAGUUAUAAAAAAAAUACACACCUCUUUAUGAUAAUUCACAAGGCUUAGAGGCAGUGACCCUUAAAGUCAAAAUAAUGUUGUUGCACAAAGUCUCAUAAAUUUCAAAAUUUACAGCAAUCUUGUCUUCUUUGUUGCAGUAUUGAGUCAAACCAAAUGAAGGUACCCAAGUGUAUAUAAAUAUCCCUCUAGUAUUUUAAACAAUUGUUUGUUCAUUGUGAAUAGUUUUGGGCUUGUCAAUUAAAUGUGCAGAUUAUGUCUGAAGAGACUAGAGACUUUUCAGAGAUAAUAUCAGGAAAAUGUGGAACUAUUAAUGGGUUUUAUUUUAAGUAAGGCAGUCUCUAACACCUACUUAUUAUAAUUUAACAAAAAAUUAAAGGUGACCUUUCAGUGUCUUGCUCUGUUUUGUACAAAAGUCAAAAAGUACCAGUCUAAAGAAAACGAUGAAAUGGCAGCAGAAGUGAGGAGUUUGUUAUUUUAUUUUAUAGUUUUCCAAUAUUUUGUACCUAUUUUUUCCAAUUUAUGCAAACCUUAUAUGAAUGUGUAUGUUGUUAUCCCUGGUUAUUCAAAACAUAUAUUUCGGCUACUGUUGAAAAUUGCUCUGAUUACAAAUUUUAUGUGGGUGCAUUGAAAAAAAAUGGGUUUAAUAAUAAAAUAUAUAACCUAUUGGUUCAUUCAACGUGACCUCAUAGCAAUCGUUAUUGAAUGAGUAAAUGACUAAAUGUUGCAUUGGGGGUACUUUUUCAACUGCUAAUAGUGGAUGUCUAGUCUGAGAUUUAACCAUGAAUAGUCUAUUUCAGGUGAGAUUGUAAUUGGUAGCUUUGAGAAUGUUUUUGUCAUCAUCAUCAUCAUCAUUCAAAACCAGUUGUCCUUCGGCCCGAGGCCAUGGGGAAAAAUUUGCACACUUCCUGUAGCUUUUCUUUGUUUGCUUAUAAGGUGCUGUGGUUGUCUUGUAUUUUUGCUUGACAGUUAAGGCGUAUACUUAAGACCUGGGCAGUAGAAGAGGUGAUGUGUUACUGUCUCAUUUGGAUGUCUCCAAAGGGGGCUCAUGGGUGUUUUAUCUGUUUUUAUGCAGUGACAUGAUCAAUUAUAUUUGUAAAAUUAACAGACACUUGUUGCCUAGGUGUAAAACUUAAUCCAGACAUCAUGAAAAGUCAAAGAUGGCACAAUUGAAAACAAAAAAUUUUAAUAAUAGAAAUAAUAAUAAAACUUUUAAAAUAUUGUAUUUUGGCUUAUCUUUUGUACUGUACAGUCUAUUUAUUUAAAGUCUAUACCCAGUUUUGACUUCAGGAGGUUGGCAUAUAUUCUUUGAAUGAAUUAAUUUCAUUUUAUAUCGAAUUGCAAGUAAAAUUUGCAAUAUUUAGUAACAUUUGUAAUAACCUUUUUGAUAAAUCAGAAAAACAAAGCAGUGGUGAUGAAUGUCAACCAUAAAUGACAGAAUAGCAUUACAAUUAUUAUGUAAAAGUUACAUAAAAUCUUCAUCUAUAUUAAUAAUAAUACUAAAAACAAAAACUUUACCUCCACAAGUCUGUGAUUGAUUAUAUAGUUGCAGAUAGUUGAAACAUCACUGCAUCAAUAUUUUUGUUUGUUUGUUUAAACCCUUUGACUUAGACACUCUAAUUCAUGCAUAUUGGAACAUCAAAACAGAAAAUAUUUGACACAUUUAAAUUUCAGGAGCAGUUAAUGCACUUGGAUGGGUUGCAUGGAGUUUAUGGUACUGGAAAAGCAAACCCUAUGUGUGGAAGUGUAUAACUGUGAUGGUAGGCCUCAAUAUCUUGCUUGGAUUAGAAUUAGGAGAUUUUCCACCAUUACUUUGGAUGUUUGAUGCACAUGCCAUUUGGCAUGCUGGAACAGUGCCUCUAAACCUACUAUGGUAUAGGUAAGUAACAUGAGUAUAUUUUUAGCUUAAACUUUUUUGUAGGGUUAAGAUAAGUACGGUUGUUGUAAGAUGCAAAACAAUAACUUCAUAUUGGAUUAAAAAGAAAAAUUGUACUGUCACACUAUUUAAAAGUAAAUCACUUUGGGAUACUAGAAUCAAUUUACACUGAGCAUACCAAUGUCAUAAAUCAUAAAGACAAAGUAACUUUUCUUUUAACAUCCAACAUGAUGGGGCAAAACUAAGUCUGCCAGGUAUUUUAAAGGAGUGAAGAACCUCCGCAACAAACAUUUGUGUUUGAUAUUGUCAUUAUUUAAGGAUUAUCAAAAAUAUGGGAUAGUGAGCUGAAUAGAAAAAAAAAAAUUUUUUAACUUAAAAAAAGAAUUCAAAAAUUUAAGAAAUUUAAACACACUUAAAAUUAGAAAAUAAUUUUCUUAAAAUUCAUUAUGAAAAGAAAGUAUGUGCAGAAGGGUAGUGAGGCAGUCUGUGAAGCCAAAGAAAGUAUGUGCAAAAAGGUACUGAUGCACUCUAUGAAACCAGAGGAUUCCAAUUAAAUGUAGAAGAAACUUCAAUAUUUUGUUUUUUUUCAAAGUUUUGAAAAUAUCUUCUGCACAGAUUUUCUUUGUGUUGUGAAUUUUAAAAUACAUUAAAUAUUUUCAAAUAAUUUUUUUUCAAUAAGUUUUCAUUCAAAUGUUUACACUAUCCUUACUUUUCAGUUUUAUCAUUGAUGAUGCUCUUUACAAACCCAGCCCUAAAGAAGUUCAAGAUAUAAAAAAGAUUGUUUAGCAAAAACCUUAAAGAAAUAAAAGCAGGCUAAAUUAUGGUACUUGUUUCAUAUUUAACACUCAGGCAACCAGUUUGAUAUAUAUAUAUACAUAUAUAUAUAAUAAUAAAGCUUAUUUGAAAAUCACGCUUCAACCCCAAAGGCUCGAAGCGUGGUAAAAAGUCAUCAAUAUUAAAAAAGAAAUGAAAAAAAAAUCUAUAUUUUAACUCAUUGAAAUACAAAAUGCAACAUUACUAAAACUACAUACAAGAAUACCCAUUCUAAGUCUUUCAUCCCUUGACACCAUACACAACACCUGCCACUAUACAUCUAGGAGAUAAUAGCUGGAACAGAUGGUAGACAACAUCACCCCAACAGGUGUUUGCAAAAUAGAUAUGUUUUUAAUUCGGUUAUGAAAGACUCCAGUGUCCGGCUGUUUCUGAGAGUGACAGGAAGUGUGUUCCAAAUUUUUGGGCCAGAAAAUGCGAUUGUGCGCCUUCUGUAAGUCUCAUGGACACAUGGUAUCGAGAGUUUGCCACUAUCAGAUGAGCAGAGUUGUCGAGUGGGUACAUAAGGCGUCAUGAGUGCUUUGAGAUAGGACGCGCCAGGUCAUGCAAGCAGUGGUAGCACAGAGCUGCAAUUUUGUACUCUAUGUGACCGGCAGCCAAUGCAACUCUCUCAGAAGUGUUUUAGCAUGGUCAAAUAUAUUUAUACAUACACAUACACACAGAC